UUGGGUGCAGUCCAGGUUCCGGGAAUGGGCCUCUCCUCGUAGGUUCCUUCAGCCUGUUUGAGAAGUACUGUGUGGUUCCCACCAAUGGAGAGUGGGAAGGGCAUGCUGCCUUGGCCCACUUCUUCUUUCUCUUUGUUUUCUUGCCAAGAAGCCUAGUCAGGAGACUUGCUUUGGCCCAGAAGAUUCUCCCACAGGAAGCAAGGAGGGUCUGCCAGCCGGCUUUUCUUUUGAUUUCCUGCCCUGUCUUUGGUGUUUGUUAAACCAGGAUGUGGAAGAGGUCAGAGUGAUAUCCUUUGGACUUGAGUAGGAAUCUGUUGACAAGCAGCAAACUUUUCAAGAUGGCCAUUCUCACAAUUCUUAGAAUUCUUUUUUGGGCAAUGGUAUUUUUUAUGGAACACAGGGUCCAAAUAGCAAAGGCAGGGUGGCCCUCCAUCACCCUCCUGGCUGAUGACCUCUCGUUGCCCUUGAGUCUGGAUCUGGCAAAAGAAGCCCCUGGCAAGGAGAUGAAGCCACGGCCCCAAGGAUAUCCCUUGAGGUAUAUGCUGAAGUUAUACCAGCGUUCGGCUGACCUGCAUGGGCAUCCUAGGGAGAACCGUACGAUUGGAGCUAAAAUGGUGAGGCUGGUAAAGCCCUCAGCCAAUGCAGUAAGGCCUCUAAGAGGUCCCUGGCAUGUACGGACCCUGGACUUUCCUCUGGCUUCAAACCAGGUAGCAUAUGAACUAAUCCGAGCCACUGUGGUUUACCGCCAUCAGCUUCAUCUAGUUCAUUACCAUCUCUCCUGCCAUGUGGAGCCGUGGGUCCCCAAAUGCCUGACCAAGCCCUUUCCUUCUUCUGAAAUGGGUUCCUUCAAGCCACCUCCCAUGUCUAAAGCCUGGACAGAGAUGGAUAUUACACACUGUGUUCAGCAGAGACUCUGGAAUCGCAAGGGACGGAGAGUCCUUCGCCUCCGCUUCAUGUGUGAGCAGCAAAAAGGCAGCGAGGUUCCUGACUUCCAGUGGCAUGGCAUGGCAUCCUUGGAUGUCGCCUUCUUGCUACUCUAUUUCAAUGACACCAACAAGAGCAUUCAGGCUAAACUCGCACAAGGCCAAGAGGAGUUAACUGAUAGGGAAUCUUCUUCUCUCAUGCGGAGUGCCCGGCAAGCCUGCAGCAUUGCAUCUGAUGUCGCUUGUCAUACUCAGGAACAUGACGGGUCUGUAAAUAACCAAUGUUCCCUCCACCCUUACAAGGUCAGCUUCCAUCAACUAGGCUGGGAUCACUGGAUCAUUGCUCCCCGUCUGUACACUCCAAAUUACUGUAAAGGAAUCUGCAGUCGUGUGCUACCCUAUGGUCUUAAUUCACCCAACCAUGCCAUCAUUCAGAGCCUUGUGAAUGAGCUAGUGAAUCACAGUGUACCUCAGCCUUCCUGUGUCCCUUAUAAGUUUCUUCCCAUGAGUAUCCUUCUGGUUGAGGCAAAUGGGAGUAUCUUGUACAAGGAAUAUGAGGGUAUGAUUGCCCAGUCCUGUACAUGUAGAUAACUGUGAAGUUGCAGCUCUCUCGGCUUUCCUAAGAAACUAGAGAAGAUAAAGUAUUAUCGAUGUUAAAGCUGACAGGGACCUACCCUUUCUACAGGUUCUAUUCCUUAUCGUAAAAAAAAAAUAUUGCACUUACACUUAAAAUAUACAAGCACUUUAAAGUCCAUAAACUAAGUGCUAGGAUCACAUCUUAAUAUUUUUAAAAAGUAAUUUAAAAUACCAUGAAAUAGUCAUCUUUAGAGUUAUUUAAACCUCUUCCCUGAUUUGUGAGCCCCUCAACUUGUAAAAAAGAAAAGACUUUCUGGUACUGGUAGCACAGCAUGGAUCAGUGUGAUUUAACUAGUCAAAGCCCUCAAUACUUGGAAAAGAUGCUUUUGUGGAGAUGUUCUGUUAUGUCACUUUUAUUGUGACUUUGGAAAAGAAAAACAAGACUGGUCCAUGUAGUAGAACACGUGGAGUCCUGGAAGUGACUUGAUUCUAGGCUCACUUGUUUUGUGUGUUCAUCUGGACUCUUCUGGGCAUGCGUCUCUGAAAGACAACCUUGUGGCUUGGGAGGAGGUAUAGAACUCUCUCUGGGACUAACCGGAGUUUGUAAUAUGACUCCUUGAGUUUCUUUCCCUUUUGAGGUGCUGAGGCUAAUAAGCAAGUGCUCUACCACUGUGCUGUAUUCCCAGCCCAGCUUGACUCCUCUAUAAUACUCUACUGCAUUUAAGUGUUGGGACAAUACUGGAAAUGAAUGGUGCUUUUCUUGUUAAAGAGAAUCUUGAAUGCUUUGGGAGAGACUGGAAAGAAGAAAUUUAUCUUUUGUUAUCUAUAGCUAUGAUACAGAGAUCUAGCCUAAUCUCUGAGGGAUAGGGCCAGAGGCGCCUCUGAAUUUGUUCUCUGGAUAGCAGUUCUAGUAAGCAGCUUUCACUAUGUGCCCGGUAGAGAAACCCAGUCUCGGUACUUGCAUAGCUAUUGACUUUUCUUAUCACCAUUCUCAGGGCCUGAUUUAAGGGUGAGGGUAUGUGCUUGCCACUGUUAAUUCCUGUCUCUUUACACUUAUCAUAAGUUAACUCUGUUCAUAAUUAAUCCUUUCUCUACAGUUGCUACUCACUGGACUGGAUAUCUGGGGAUCUAUUCCUUAGCAUCAUUUUGUUCACAUUUCUACUUAGAAUUCAGGCUUUACUAUUCAUCUCACUAGUAUUCUCAUGACAACCCAGGUUCAAGCAGCUGUGUUUCCUCUCUUCUCAUAGCAUAGCAUGCUUCCCUUAAUAUGCUGUAGUACUGUUGUCUUCACUGAAAAAAAGACGGAG